UUACGUUAUUUCAAUCAUUCAAUCUUUGAUAUACGUAACUAAAUAGUCGUUGUUCUCCCUCAGUGCGGCACGUAUCGCAUUCGUUCUUGUGAGAUUCUCAUUUGAAAACUAAAAAUUAAAAAUAUUAAAACCGGUCUUUCUAGUGUUGUUUCUUGUGAUUUUAAGGAAAAUUAAUACCAUUUAAAGUGAUUGCUACAUUAAAAUGACUUUAGGUACAAUAACCAACUCUAAACCAAAACCAGUGAAUAUUAGUGAGGCGGUAGAAAAAGCGCGGGACGCUUUCAACCGUGGAGUUACGAAACCGAUAGAAUGGAGGAGGAAACAAUUGAAGGCCUUAGCAAGGAUGUACAAAGAGAACUACAACGCGAUGGUGGAUGCGCUACAAAAGGAUCUUAGGAGGAGCAAAACAGAGGCCGUACUCUUGGAAGUCGAAUACCUCAUCAAUGAUUUGAACAACACGCUGCACUAUCUGGAUGAGUGGGCGAAACCGGAAAGACCGCCGAAGACGUUCGUCAACGUACUCGACGAUGUGGUCAUAUACAAUGAUCCCUACGGUCUGGUGCUAAUUAUUGGCGCAUGGAACUAUCCCCUCCAACUGCUGCUGCUCCCCAUGGCUGGGGCUAUAGCCGCUGGUAAUGCUGUGAUAGUCAAGCCUAGUGAACUUGCCGUGGCUUCCGCUAGAUUCGUGGCGGAGACACUGCCCAAGUAUUUGGACAGCGACGCGAUAAUAACAAUAGAAGGAGGGCCAGAAGAAACAACGGAACUGCUAAAGCACAGGUUCGACUACAUCUUCUACACGGGAGGCACGAAUGUUGGCAGGAUUGUCUACAGCGCGGCUACUAAGAACCUCACACCCGUCACGUUGGAGCUGGGAGGCAAGAGUCCUACAUACAUAGACAACACAGUGGACAUGGAGGUGACAACCAAAAGAAUACUAUGGGGCAAAUUCAUCAACGUCGGCCAGACGUGCAUCGCACCGGAUUAUAUACUCUGUUCCAAGGAGGUACAGGACAAAUUCGUGGAGCAAGCGAAGAAAAUACUGAAGGAAUGGUACGGGGAGGAUCCGCAGAAGUCGCCCGAUCUAUGCCGUAUUAUUAAUGAUAGGCAUUUUAGUCGCAUCCAAUCCUUACUGGACGCCAGCAAAGACAAAGUUGCUAUCGGUGGUAAAAGUGACCCACAGGAAAGAUAUGUAUCACCCACAAUACUCACUAAUGUCUCCGCUAACGAUAAAAUCAUGGAGGACGAAAUAUUUGGCCCUAUCCUACCAAUAGUGCCAAUAGAGAACGCCUACGAAGCAAUCAAAUUCAUAAACGCUAGGGAGCAUCCAUUAGUUUUAUACCUGUUCAGCAAGCAAAAGAACAUCCAUAAACUGUUUACGGAGCAGACCCGUUCGGGCAGUCUCUGUGUGAACGAUACGAUCAUGUUCUAUGGCGUUGACACGCUACCGUUUGGCGGUGUGGGUAACAGCGGCAUGGGCGCGUACCACGGCAAGGCGUCGUUCGAUACGUUCACACAUAAGAAGAGUUGCCUGGUUAAGGACUUUGCGGCGAUCGGGGAGAAACUGGCUUCCGGUCGCUACCCACCAUACACAGACGGGAAGCUUAACUUCAUAUCCACACUAAUGCGCAAACGACACGGGCCAUCGCUCAAGUUCCUACCGUACUUGGUCAUGUUCGCGCUCGGAGCGGGAGUCGCGUACGGCAUCACCGCGUGGCAGAAGGCCGCAGCAGAUGAUAUGUGAAAUAAUUUGGCGAUUUCUUCUUUAAUUAAAUAAUGUGAUAUAAAAUAUUUCAAACUUUACCUUUAAGCACAAUAUUUGACUAAUGUAUACAGCCGUCCAAAAAUAUUGUGGUCAAGGCUGACCUCACAUAGCUUGCAUUUAUAUUUUCAUGUUUUAUUUACACUUUUUCAUAUUUAUACUUUAUUUUUAAAUGUAGUAGGUGGUUUGGGGGCGAUUGAAUUAUUUUAAUAUAGACUUGCCAUUUCACUAUGCUAAAAUGUGAUAAAAUUUAAAUACCUAAUUUGAUAAAAUUUUAACAAAAUUUUUGUGUACUUGUAUUUAAUUUUACGGUUGGUAACUUUAUAAUGGCUGCUCUGAAUUAAAGAAUAAGUAAAAUUAUCAAUUAAAAAAUAUAAUAUCAAUGAGAAAUAACUAAAUAUGGAAGGAGUAAUAAUAAGGAAAAUGCAAUAAUUAUUAGUCUUAUAUCUUAACAAGGCGGAUAUCAUUAUUUUAUAAUUUAAUUAUUAUAUUCUGUAAGUAAAUUAUGCAACUAUAAAGUUUUAUAUUUUGAUCAAUGCUACAAUCUAUAUUUUUAUUAAAUAAAUGUGGGAACAAUUUAUUGUU